UCUCACUGUGGAAUCUCGCCCGUGUCUCGGUUUCCUCUUCUUCGUUUUUCUCCCUCCGCGUCGCCGUCCCUGACAGCCGCCAGGAUUCGCCUUGACUCGGCUGCUCUCUCCCGGGAUCCGUGCAUCGCUUUCACACCGUUGCCCCCGUUUGCCUUCCAGCUCGUGCAUUUUUGCUUUUGCGAAUCUCUCCUUCACAUCCACACAUGUGUGAACAGUUUAUCCCAGGGGAAGCUUCUGUUCGCCUCGGGAUUCACCUCCGCCCCCCGCCUCUCUCCCUUUUCGCCGGGAGCGCGCGACGGCCAUGUGACGCCGGUGUCUUUCUUGUCCUUUGCUUCGUCUGCGUUACGCCCAAGAGGGGAGAGAAGACCCUUCGUUUCGCGCCUCUUCCAGUUCCAUUCUUUCUUGUAGAGGGUGGCUUCACCGAAUCCAAGACCGCCGCCUGUCCAGACAGAGCUGGAGAGAGGGAGCACCUCGACUUCUCCGUCUGCGCGUCCUCUCUUGGUUGGCCUGCGUUCUGCGGGCGGUUCUUCCCAGCGUCGCGAAAGACGAGAGAUCUCUUUGCAAAUAUCUCGUUUCUUCAGCCACCGUGCAAGUCCACAUGCACCCCAAGUCUUCCCACGACUGGUGAGAUCCAGUCUCGCAGAGAGUCCUUUUCCCUCGGAGUGCAGCUCUCUUCGAAACCUCGACAUUCAAAAAAAAACUUCUGUUUCUGCUGCGUUGCUUUUUUGAAUACGCUUCUCGACACCUCCGUGUCAUUGUCAGGUUUCGAGACCCGCUUUUGGUGUAUCCACUGGUCCCUCUGUCCCCCUCCUGAACGGUGUGUGUCUGUUUUCCGUCGCAUGAGCUCCUCUGUUCUGUCUCUGCCUCGCUUUCUUGCCCUUGUUUUCUCUCUUCGGUCUCUCCUCUCCACCUGCGACUUCCCGCACUCACUCCUGCUUCUCCUCCGGUCAUGAACUCCGCCUUUCCUGCCUCGUUCUGGCCGCUGCCUCGCUGAUCCUCUCUCCUCAUCUGCCCCCCCUCCCUCCUUUCCCCCUUUCCUCCUUUCCUCCUCCUUUCCUCUUCGCCUUCGUUGCCGCCGUCGGUGGCGGUUCUUCCUUCUUGCCCUCCUACCAAUCCAGAGUCGGCAGAAUGACAAGCCACACAGAAGCGUCGCUGCCCGCGUCGUCUCGUCCAGCAGGUGGACAGACACCCGACGGCGCUCGCCGCGGCGGCCGAGGCAGAGACCGCGGCCAGGGCGCCUGCACCUCCACUGCCUCUCCAGAUUCUUCUCGCGCUUCUGCCGCUCCUGCCGCUCCUGCGCGAGGUUCCCGCGCUCGCGGACGCGGAAGACGAAACGUCGCCUACCGACCUGUCUCUUCUUGCUCUUCCGCCUCGAAGAACGAGCCUGCGUCCUUCGCGUACUUGCUGAGGGCUUUGUUCGAGCCGGACGAGUGUGCGGAAGCUUUGUUUGCCGAGGACGCAAACGGCCAAGUGCAUGCGCUUGCCCCCGCCGAGCAGGGAGGGGAGCGCAGCGAGGCGCUCGAGUGCAUUCUGUGUUACGAGACUUCUUCGUGUGUCGCCGUCGGCUGUUGCCAGCAUAUUUGUUGCUGGCUCUGCGCUUUGCGUCUUCGUCUCUUCCCACCCUUCAAUCGCGUCUGUCCAUUCUGCAAGGUCUCCACGCCUUUCCUCCUCCUGCUCUACCUGCCCUCUCUCGACGUCUCCUCAGACUCCCCGCGCUUCUCUGCUCUCCUCUCGCGCAACAGCCUUCCCUCGGUGCUCGCGCGCGGCUUCCUGGCGCCACCCUUCUUCACAGAAGCCGCUGCAGCGGCUCUGCCGACCCAUUUGCGCGACGAAGGCAGCGCGUUCUGCUUCUCUUCACCGGCAGUCCGCAGGCUCGUGGAGUGCGUCCUGCAGUGGCGCUGCUGGCUGCCUGCCUGUCGCGCCAAGUGGCUGCGCGACUUCGUCUUCUCCGACGACCAAGACCGACUUGAGCUGGACGUCCGGGAGGCUCUGCGGCAGAGAAAGGUCGCACAGAACGGGGAGGACGCGACGAAAACGAGGCGCGGCCGAGGCGCCGAGGCUACACGAGCUCGAGGCAACGCUAACGAAGCUGGAGGCGAAACGGGGACUUCUUCGACGCCUGCGUUUGCGUUUCCGGAGGCGACGUAUUCGCCAGACGGCCCUCUGCCCUUUGGGGUCUUCUCCUCGCUGCAGCAGUUGACUGUCCACACCCAGCAGAGUCACAACGGAGAGGCGUACUGCAAGGUCUGUGUGACAGGACGGCCGCAACUGCUUCUGCUCGAACAUCUGCUCUAUCCGGCGGCGCUGCUCGACGUUCACCUCCAGCGAAGCGACGCGGGAGCUGGAAAGACGGGGAAAGCCGACGCCCAGGUGUACGUCCACCCCAGGUGUCGCGUCUGUCGCGAGCGCUGUCUGGACGGAGACGCGCUGCUGCUGCACGUCAAGAACAAUCACUUUCACUGCGGCUUGUGCGAGGCGGAUGCGGCAAACGCAGGCGGCGGAGCUGGAGACGAAAGGAGAAACGGGCAAGGCCGGCGCGGCGGAGCUGGAGGUCGCCUCACCGCCGACGGGACUCAGAAGGAAGUCGCAGACCUCAUACCUGUGUAUGCGACGCUGCCUCUGCUCCAGCAACACUACCGCGAGCGCCACUACCCUUGUCCGCACACCGAGCACUGCCCGUUGACCGUUUUCCGCGAGCAGACGGAGCUCCUCGUUCACCUGGCGACCCGCCACGCAACGCCCUCUGCCUCGCUUUCUUCUUCUCGGCUCUGCGUCUCAGGCGCCGCGGCCUCCGCCUCGGCGCCAAGAGCCUCGAGCUCCGACGGCCUGGCGUCGAGCGGCUCGCGACUCUCUGUCCCUAUCGCCUUGUGCUUCAACUACCGGACGUACAAGCAGGAGCAGCAAAGCCGCCAGACUCAGGGAGACAGAAGAAGAGCAAACCGACACUCCAGAGGGCCUGCGCUCCUCGACUUGCCUCGCGAUCCAGAAGUCCCUCCUCCUUCGUCUUCGUCGUCUUCAUCUUCUUCGUAUGCUUUGUCUUCGUCGUCUUCGUCUUCUUCGUCUUCGUCUUCUUCGUCUUCAUUUUCUUCGUCUUCGUCGUCUUCAUCUUCUUCAUCUUCUUCAUCUUCUUCGUCUGCUUUGUCUUCAUCUUCUUCGUCUUCGUCUUCUUCAUCUUCUUCGUCUCCUUCGUCUUCGUCGUCUUCGUGUGUACGGACUGCGUCGCGAGGGCAAGAAGAGAGCGCGAGAGGAGAGAGACCUCAGGCGUUCCCCUUUCCGCCCGGUCUCGCGGUGCCGGUCUCCUCCUCUGGGAAGGCGCCCCAGUGUCUGCCUCCCGGCCUCGCUUUGGCAGCACAAGCCUCGCCGCAUGCAGGGACUUCUUCCGCCGUGUUGAUCGAGGGUCUCUGUCGCGCCCUCUCUUUCUCAGAAAAGGAGCAGCUGGCAGACGACUUGCACGCGGCGCAUGCAUAUGCCAGCGCGUUCUGGAGCGCUGACGCGCUCCGGUCGGAGGACGAGGCGAAGGCGUACCUCAGGCGCGCCUUCAGGUGUACAGACAGCCUAGGACCCGCGCAGCAGCAGCAGAUCCGAGACGCGCUGCGGCUGCUCCGGGAAGCCGAGAAGGCGCAUGCAGAGAAGACGGCGGCUGCAGAGGCGCGGGGAGCGGACGAGGCCGCGUCGAAGAACGCGUUUCUGUCGAAUGCUUUUGCGGUCUACGUGGCGCGUCUGGUCGCGGCGCUUUGGAGUUUCCCAAAAGAGGCUUCUGUCGCCUCUUGUCAGGCAAAGACGACGCCGAGCAUCGUCUUCCCUCCGAUCGUCGCUCAUGCGUCUUCUUCGUCAACUUCUUCAGGCCGAAAGGCGUCCCCGAUUUCUCCACCUUCCUCUUUCCUCGCUCGACUCCUGCUGCUCCUCGUCCUGGGAGCGGGGCCUGAGGCCUCGCCGCAGACGCGAAGCGCGGGCGAGAGAGGCGGGAGUGAAGCGUCGACUGAGCAGCGCGUGCAGCUGCUCCUCGAUGGCUUGAAGACGGCACUCGAGGCAGUGACGAGCUUCGUCUCCGCGAGCCUCGAGUCCACCAGCAAGGCUGACAGUGUCUCUCCGAAGGAAGGAACCGAACAGAGAGAGAGAGGCGAACGGGGAGGCGGCCAGAGAGGAGAGGAGGAAGGGAAGGACUUUCCUGGACGGCGUCACAGUGAGGAGGCAGGCGGCGCGGAGACGGCUCGAGACGAAAGGGAAGAGAAGAAGAGGGUGGAGCGAGAGAGGCGGGACCCAGCCGGUAUUCCCGAGUCGAAGAAGAGGAACUUCUUGCCUCUCUGGGAGGCGGACAGAGAAAACGUUGUGCUGGGUCCGGACAAGAACUACUUGCAGGCACUCACUUGGGUCGUCGAGCGCAUCUGUUGUCUCGAGGAGGAGGAAGAAGAGGAAGAAGACGACCGAGGAGGGAAGCAGUCUCUCGGUGUGCCUCAGCAACUGAAGAAGGGAGGGAGACAGCGCGGCGGUCGACUGCCGCAGAACCGCAUGCAGCCGCCCAAGCGCGCAGCGUGGAACGUCGAGGCCGAGCACAGUGGAGACAAGCGCAUGUCGCACCAGCAAAAGAAAAAGGGGAAGGAACGCGCAGACCUUCAGGCCGCCCUCAGAGAUGCUGUCGCCCUGCGGACCCAGCCCGAACUGCAGCAGCUGGCUCUCCUCUCCCGCGACCUUGCGCCCUUCAUUCAAAGCACGCGUCUGUUGGAAGACAUCCAGGCCCUUGGGCCAACGUUUUAUCGCUUGAGAGCGAGUGUGGACCAAGGAGGCGCCGUCGCCUGCUGGUUCGAGCGCUGUCAGGCAGCGCUCGGCCCGAUCACGGACGACGAGGCGCGAACUCUCCUGCUCUACCUUCGAGCUGCGGCGACUCAGCAGCCCCAGCGUGAGCAGCUGGAAGAGUUUCCCUCGCUCUACUCAACCGCGCCGCCAGCCGCCGCCCGGGGCGCUUCGGCAGCCCCGCGAAGGAAGGAAGGAGCUUCUCAAGGAGUCUGGGUCCGCCCCGGCGCUGGGUCUUCUCCCUUCGACGCCGCUAGCCGGUCGACCCAUUUCCCUGCCCUUCCUUCUGCUCCCCAAAGAGCUUCUUCUCCGCAAGCGAAGCCCAGAAAUCUCUGGACGAGCUCCGCCGCGCUUCCCUCGAGUCCUUCUUCUGCCUCUUCGUCUUCUUCGUCUUCUCCUCCUUCGUCUUCUUCUGCGAGGACUGCUGGUUGGUCUUCUUCUUCCGCUGCGUACCCGCCUUUGCCUGCGCCUCCUCCUGACACAAACAGCUCUUUUUCUGUCAAGAAGGAAGGCCAAGGAGGUCCACGAGACUCGCGAGCGGGAGGCGCCAACGUCUGGGGUCGCAGCGACUUCCGCGCGGAAGCAGAAGAAACAGAAGAGGAGAAGAUUUCCUGCCCGGCGUGUACAUACGCCAACGCGUCGACCCGGACUGCCUGUCAGUUGUGCGGUCACACCUUGAGUGCGAAGAAGGGAGGAAAGGGGAAGCGAACGUUGCUUCACUUCGGAUAGCGUUCGGAACUGUCGGCAAGAGCACAACGGCGACAGCCAGUGCAGAGUGUCUCCGAGAGCGUCCUCACUUCCAGAGAAGCUUUCUCGGCAGAAAGAGCCUUUCUUUUGUCUCUCUCCCGGAGCGCUCGCUCUCCCCACGCAAAGCGUUGCGUCCCGCGGACUCGCGCUUCACGAAACCAAAAGCGUGAACAGAGGCGUAGAGCUGGAGACCCAGACAAAGACACAGGAGACUCGAAAAGAGCUCCGCAAGAAGUCCGGAACAAGGAAAGGCGGCGGCUGCGGGGAAGGCCAACACCCGCGCGCGAACAGCGGGUGCCUGCGAAGGGAAAAAGAGGUUAUGGAUGUCCGUAUGAGCAUGUCGGGCAAUUGUGCAUGUGUGUAAAAACGCAGCUGAAAUCCGUUGAACACGGCUGGAUAGAGGGCUUCCAGUUCGGCUUGUCUGAGUACUUGUGUGUGUGUGUGUGUGUUUGUACGGUGGCAAAGCGGUGCCUACAUUGAGAGGGACCCGCGAGGAAGAAGAUCUUUCGCCUUCUCGUUCGCUCACGCGUAAAACAAGUUGCGUCACAACCGCGGAUUCUACAAAUGUGUGUGCUGGGCAUCACCACAGUCCUUCACGCACUCAACGUGAAGCUCAUGAAACGCUCAGUAGAACUUCGACCCAGC